AUGGCUCCAAAAGUCUGGGUGGUCACUGGCGCGAAUUCGGGCAUAGGUCUCGCCCUCGUCCAGCAUGUCCUCUCGCAGGGCGACAAGGUUAUUGCCACGGUCAGAUCCAUGGCCAAGUUUACCGACGGCUUGAAAGGGGCGGAACCGCUCAUCCUUGACCUUAGCGGUCCCGACUACGAGAUCCGCAAGGCUGGUGAAGCCGCCCUGAAGAUCUACGGUCAUGUCGACGUCGUCGUCAACAACGCUGGGUUCGGUGUCAUUGCACCGGUAGAAGAGCUCGAGAUGGAUGACGUCCGGAAACAGUUUCAGACCAAUGUCUUCGGUGCCAUCGUCUUCACGCAGGCUUUCCUUCCCCACUUCCGUGCGCGAAAGACCGGUCACAUCCUGAAUGUGACGUCGAUCGGCGCUUUCAACAACCUCCCGCACUGGGGUGCCUACUCGGCCUCGAAAGCCGCCCUCGACGCGUUCUCUGAAUCUCUCAGCUAUGAAGUUGAGCCGUACAACAUCCGCGUCCUUGCUAUCAUGCCCGGCUACUUCUCCACCAAGUUCUUCGGCGCAUCUCCUUCCGUCGGGAAACUCUCGACGAUCUACACCGAUCCGAAGCAGGGGUAUAACACGCUCGAGGCCAUACCGAAGCGGCAUGUGGAAACCAAGCAGAUCGGUGACCCGGUGAAGCUGGGGCAGCGGGUGUACGAUGUCGUCCACGGGACCGGGAUGGCAAAGGGACUUGUGGAGAGCCAGGGUGGGAAGAGGGGUUGGAUGCGUGUUCCUCUAGGCCCCGACUGCGGCGAGCCCAUGCUUGCCAAGCUCAAUACCGUGAAGGAGAAUGUGGAUGUGUUUGAGAAGAUCUGGCGGUCGACUGAUGUGGAGCCCGAGCAACUGAAGUUUUACCCCGACGGCUGA